CUUCCUUUCCUCUUGUUUCAUCCCCAGAUCUUCAUCCGCCGGCCCCCUCCUCGAAACGGGCGUUACGAUCCCGCCGGGAGGAAAGCAGGCAGAUACACGGAUGGAGAAAUAUAUUAGAUAUAUACCUACCUACCUACAUACUAUACAAUACCUAUAUAUCUUUAGUUGUUGCACUGGACAACUGCAGGGUAAAUACCUAAGUUAGGUACGGUAUGGUAUGUACGGGGGAAACCGGGGUUUUCCUCUGUUUUUUCUCUCUUUUACUGCGUUGGGAAUAUGAAAGAAAGAAACCAAACCAAACCAACCCCCUUUCCCCCUUCGAUCGACCAGCGGUGAGGAUGUAUAUGAGAAAAGCCUUUUUUGUUAUUGUUAUUGUUAUUGUUCGUGUCUCUCUCUCAUUUUCCUUUUUGCCUGCUGCGACGCGGACGGCCGCCGCCGAAGUGGCCAUCCAACCCGGGGGGGCCAGAUGUUCAAGGUGCUCUCUCUCUCCCUACAAACGGCAACCGGGCGAAAACAUACAUACGCCCGUAUACGCGCCGCGGAAGUGGAUAACAUACUAUAGCACUAUAGCGCCAACAGGCAAAAUUGAGCGGUCGGGUCGGGCUUGUCCUCCUUAUAUCGAAAGUCCAUUACCGGAUCUCUUAUCCGAUAUAUUAAUAUCUGAAUGUAUAUGUGCCGUAUAUGCGCGUGCGCGUGCGCGUACGUACGUAGUAUAUCCGAAUUCUAUUACAUACCUAGUUGGCCUGGCAGCAAAUAACCAUCGACCUAUCGUGAAGCUCGGAUAUCUAUCACAAUUCCAAUCGAGAGGGAGAGGGAGAAAGAGAGAUCCUUUUACCCUGGCUAGUUAGUUUAGGUAAUUAGUCCCAAUCGACGCGUUGUUCUGGAAGAGGAGCAAAGAAGAUGGUUAUUCUCCGACACGGCCAACGCCAACCCCUUCGCGCCCUGAUCGUCGUCCGU